AUGUCAUCACUAAAACGACCAAGCAGCAACCAAACUCAAUCAAGACAGAAGGGUUGGAGGGGAUGGGCAAGUAAUAGAGGUGGAGAGGGGAGGGGAAGGUCUUGGAGGGUAAGGAUGGGAGAGAUGGGAGAAGGAGAUGGCUGGAGGCCACCAACCCCAAGGGGGGCAGCAGUUGAAACUUCUCUCUUAGGGUUUCUCUUGAGCAUUUUUAGAGAAUUUUAA